AUGGACAAACCUUUCCACAGUUGUUCUUGCCGGAACCACCUCACGGUGGUGCCACCAUCACCUCGGCUCGUCCGGAGUCGAAGUGGCAAUGGCUCUGCCGCCGCAGCUACAACUACUCCGGAGAGAAGUUCUGGUAGGUUCAGCUCUAGUGAAAGAUUCACCAUGACUGGUAUACAACGUUCGAAGUCGACAUCAAGAACAAGAACAACCAACGACAAUGAAGGGAACAACAUGAACCUAAAACCUACAUCCAACAAGCAAACAAAUACUAGGGUUCAAGACAAGAAACAUAAAGAUGACAGCUUUGGCAAGUUCUUGCAACGAGGUGUUAGCCCUGAUAAUAAUAAUAAUAAUAACGUUGGAGCUUCAAAGAGGAGCUCAUCAUCAGUAAAAUCUCCUUCGGCAUGGGCGCUUUCGCCGGGAAGAUGGUCAUUGGGAUCUCCGAUAUGGCCUCAACCACAGACUAAAACAUCAUUUAGUGUUAACAAUGGUGUUGGUGGCAGUGUUAAUAAGGUUUUGAAGUACUUCAAGCAAAAGAAAGUGUCACCGGUGCAAGAGGAAGAGUACCAUCAGUUUAGGGUUUUGCAUAAUAGACUUUUGCAAUGGAGGUUUAUCAAUGCCAGAGCAAACGUUUCCAUGGCUAAUGUCAAGACUAUGGUCGAGAUACAAUUGUUUGCAGUAUGGGUUGGAAUUGUGAAACUGAGAAAGAUAAGAACAGAAAAAAGAGUUGAACUGCGAAAGGUGAAAGAUGUGAUGAAGCUUUAUAAAAUUCUGAAUGGACAACUGUAUCUUCUGAGUGAAUGGGCUCAAUUAGAGAGAAGAAAUCAAGAAUCUGUUGCCAAAUUGACAAGAAAAUUGUCAGCAUUCUCCAACAUAAUCCCUUUGACCUACCUUAAGGUAGACACAGAAUCCAUUUCUGAUGCACUGAAUUCAGCCAUUACAGUAAUGGAGAAUUUGGAACCAUUGAUCACAAAAUACCACACAAAGCAGGUUGAAAGAAUUCUUUAUCAAAUUACAGAACUAACCACAACCUUAAAAGAGGAAGAAGAGUACUUACAAGAACUUCUCAUCCUUCUUCCAAUUAUUUCUACUUCAUUGGAGAAUGAGAAAAGCAUUGGAGUGCAUCUUAUUCAAACAGCAAUGGAGUCCAAUACCACAAACUAUAUCCAUGGCAUUGCUUAUUGA